CCGCCUCACCCCUCCCCUUCCCUGCGCAUGCGCACUAUCCAUCGCCCAAGAAGCAGACAUGGCGACGUCCCUGAUCUGCGGACGUUUGACGGCUCGCCUGAGGACUUCAGGCCGCACAAGCGCGAUUAGCUCCGCUUCCAAGGUUCUAGCAGGUUCCUGGGGCCUGACUGGAGGCCAUGUGUGCCAGCUGCAGCAGCAGAGGAGCCUCUCCUUGCACGAGUACAUGAGCAUCGGCCUGCUGAAGGAGGCGGGCAUCGCCGUGCCCGAGGGUAUGGUGGCCGGCUCCCCGGACCAGGCCUACGCCGCGGCCAAGCAGAUCGGUUCCAAGGACCUGGUGGUCAAAGCUCAGGUCCUGGCGGGCGGCAGAGGCAAGGGCACCUUUGAGGGCGGACUUAAGGGAGGAGUCAAGAUCGUCUACUCGCCCGAGGAGGCGCGAGACAUUUCCUCCCAGAUGAUCGGCCGCAAGCUGUACACCAAGCAGACGGGGGAGGCGGGCCGCAUCUGCAACCAGGUGUUCAUCUGCGAGCGCAGGUAUCCUCGCAGGGAGUACUACUUCGCCAUCACCAUGGAGAGGUCAUUUCAGGGCCCCGUGUUGAUCGGCAGCUCGCAGGGGGGUGUCAACAUCGAAGAUGUGGCGGCAGAAAACCCAGACGCCAUCGUGAAGGAGCCCAUCGACAUUGUGGAAGGCAUCAAGAUGGAGCAGGCGCUCAAGGUUGCACAGAAGAUGGGGUUCCCUGUGGCGCUGCAGAAGGAGGCGGCAGAGAACAUGGUCAAACUCUACCAGGUCUUCAUCAAGUACGACGCCUCCAUGUUGGAGAUCAACCCCAUGGUGGAGGACUCCUCUGGUCUUGUCAUGUGCAUGGACGCCAAGAUCAACUUUGACUCCAACGCAGCCUACCGCCAGAAGAAGGUCUUUGACCUGCAGGACUGGACUCAGGAGGACCCUCGAGACAGGCAGGCGGCCUUGGCAGACCUGAACUACAUCGGACUGGAUGGAACCAUCGGCUGUCUGGUCAAUGGUGCGGGUCUGGCCAUGGCCACCAUGGACAUCAUCAAGCUGCACGGCGGCACACCUGCCAACUUCCUGGAUGUAGGAGGCGGAGCUACAGCCCAUCAGGUGACGGAGGCCUUCAAGCUGAUCACCUCAGACAGGAAGGUCCAGGCCAUCCUGGUCAACAUCUUUGGAGGCAUCAUGAGGUGUGACGUCAUCGCCCAGGGCAUCAUCAUGGCCGUGCGAGACCUGGACCUCAAGAUCCCCAUCGUCGUGCGUCUUCAAGGAACACGAGUGGACGACGCCAAAGCUCUCAUUGCUGCCAGUCCCUUGAAAAUACUCGCCUGCGACGACCUGGAUGAAGCUGCCAGAAUGGUCGUCAGACUUUCAGAAAUCGUCUCACUGGCUAAAGAGGCUCAAGUGGACAUCACCUUCCAACUUCCUAUUUGAGCUUCCUUGCCUCUAACACUCCCCCAGAAGCUAGCCCCUCCUCCUUCCCACACACACACACACACACACACACACACACACACACACACACACACACACACACACACACACACACACACACACACACACGCACACUCACGCUCACACUCAGCAGAUGUAUGUUUAACACACACGCACAGGCACGCGCACACACACACUCACUUCCACACAUGUCAGCACAAUGCAUUAUUCAGCAGGACUGUAAUGAACUUCUUUCCUGAACAACCGAAGAUCCCUGAAGGCUCAAGAAGGUCUAAGAACACUAAAUGACCUCCUGCCUUCUCUUUGUGUGUGUGUGUGUGUGUGUGUGUGUGUGUGUGUGUGUGUGUGUGUGUGUGUGUGUGUGUGUGUGUGUGUGUGUGUGUGUGUGUGUGUGUGUGUGUGUGUGUGUGUGUGUGUGUGGAGGCCAUGUCUACUGACUCUUCUAGUAGUAGUAGUGACUCUGACUGACGUGUGUGUGUGUGUGUGUGUGUGUGUGUGUGUGUGUGCGUGUGUGCGUGCGUGCGUGCGUGCGUGUGGAGGCCAUGUCUACUGACUCUUCUAGUAGUAGUAGUGACUCUGACUGACGUGUGUGUGUGUGUGUGUGUGUGUGUGUGUGUGUGUGUGUGUGUGUGUGUGUGUGUGUGUGAAUAAGACAGUCUUGGUGUGUACGUGUGGAGCCAGCAUCAUGUGACCCUUACAUCGUAAUUCUUCUUCUAUUGGGGGUGGGGAUUUCUCUUAGUUGAUGCAAGGCCCCUCCCACACUCCAUCCCUGCCACGCCCCCUUUCUCCCUGUGACAUGACACAUUGUGACCUGAUGAUGUAAAUAAACAAAGUCAAUAUUUAUGUCAUGUCAGAACAAUAAAGAGAGGACUUAAAACUGAUCAAUGUCUUCUUUUUUGCCUGUGCAUCGGUUGGGAACAUCUCUGCGCUGCUGACCCGUCUCUGCUCGAGAUGGUCUCCUGCUGGCCCCACUGUGGACUGGACUCUCACUGUUGUGUUGGAUCUACUAUGGACUGGACUUUCACAAUAUUAUGUCAGACCAACUCGACAUCCAUUGCAUCCGGUCUCCCCUAGAGCGGAUGCGGUCCUCUCCAAGGUUUCUCGUAGUCAUUCACAUCGACAUCCCAUUGGGGUUGUGAGUUUUUCCUUGCCCUUAUGUGGGCUCUGUACCGCAGAUGUCGUUGUGGCUUGUGCAGCCCUUUGAAACACUUGUGAUUUAGGACUAUAUAAAUAAACAUUGAUUGAUUGAUAGAUUUUUACAACUUCAGCAGUUACACACACUUAUAUACAUUAUACACACUUAUAUACAAUACACACACUUAUAUACAUUAUACACACUGUGGAUAAUGCAUAUGUUUGAGUUAUUUCUUUAUUCAUAAUCAUGUUUGAAUCAGCUCAUAUUUUUCCAUGUAUACUCUGUAUACCAGUUUCUCUUUGUCUUCAGAUUGCCUGUUUAGACAGGGUCGUAAACCAUCAGGAAUGUGAACACAAC